AUGACGCAUCUUACAAUUUCUAUUCUUAUUAUUAUCAAUCUUGGAUUGCAUUCAUACAGUAGUAAUCUGUAUCAAAGUUAUACUCUCAUAUAUGAUCCUUUGAAAUCUAGUGAAUGGUCCGAUGAUCAUAUUCUUACUUAUAUAACGACAGUACGAUUAUCUAAUUAUGAUCAUCAUAUAUUUCAAUAUCGACGUUAUCCAUGUCAAUAUUUUUAUACAGACGAAAUUGAAAUAAAACAUAAUAAUGAAACAUUUAAUCAAUGUAUGUAUAAUACAGCAACGAGUGAUUAUGCAUAUAAUUUUCAAAUACAUCUUACUUUUCAUCAUAUGGAUUCAUUUAUUCUACGCAAUAUUGCUAUUCAAUGUAAAUAUGUUAAUUGUAGUUUAUCAUUAUUAAAAGUAAAAUCUACACAUAUUGAUUGGAAUAAAAAUGGUAAUCUUAGUAAUAUUAAUUGUUCAUUUAAUACAAUACAAAUUUAUAAUAUCACUAAUGCAGCAUAUCCAUUAACCGACUGGAUAACAUUACGAUGUAAUUCUUUAUCUGCUUGUAAUCAUUCGAAAUACAAUAUUGAACAUGAAUUAUCAUCAAAUAUUCAAUUAAUUUAUAGUUCAUUAUAUGAAAUUGAAAAACCAUAUUGUUCAUUAGAAAAAAAUCUUGCUUAUAUUAUUGAAACAAAUUUUUUACAAACAAAUCGUUUACUUGAACAGUUAAUUGAUCUUAUUCAACGAGGUUUUGGUAAACCAAAUGAACGUGAACAAGUUCAUAUGAAAGAAUAUAUUGAACAUAUUGAAAAUAAAUGGAUAAAUAAUAAUAUGAAUUCAACGACCAAUGCAACAGAAAUAUCUGGAGAGGUGCAAGGAAUUUUUAUACAUACAAAACAUUGA